CAUUCCCAGCCCCUUCCUCUGCGCUCCUUCCCCUUCCCCGGCGCUGCCGGCCCGGCCGCCUCCCCGCCCUCACUGCUGAGAGCCCCGGUAGCGGGAAGGGCCCUUCGCGCCGCAGCUAUGGCCGCUGAAGGGGUGGACGAGCGCUCUCCGCUGCUCUCCGCGCCCGGCUCCGGCAAUGUCACCCCGACCGCGCCGCCCUAUUUGCCGGACAGCAGCCCCCGAGCAGAGCUUCCUCCUCCAUAUACUGCCAUUGCAAGCCCAGAUGCCAGCGGUGUUCCUGUCAUAAACUGCCGUGUGUGCCAGUCACUGAUCAAUUUGGAUGGCAAGCUGCACCAGCAUGUUGUCAAGUGCACAGUUUGCAAUGAAGCUACGCCAAUCAAAAACCCUCCUUCAGGGAAGAAGUAUGUUAGAUGUCAAUGUAACUGUCUCCUUAUCUGUAAGGACACGUCUCGGAAAAUAGGCUGUCCAAGACCAAACUGCAGACGCAUCAUUACUCUUGGUCCAGUAAUGCUGAUCCCAGAAGAGCAGCCAGCUCAGCCUGCCUUGCCAGUCCAACCAGAUGGAACUAGAGUGGUAUGUGGGCACUGUGGAAAUACGUUCCUUUGGAUGGAACUGAGGUUUAACACACUAGCAAAAUGCCCACACUGCAAAAAAAUUUCUUCUGUUGGAAGUGCCCUGCCACGGAGACGCUGCUGUGCAUACAUCACAAUUGGAAUGAUCUGCAUCUUCAUUGGAGUGGGAUUAACUGUUGGCACGCAGGAUUUCGCCAGGCAGUUUCACGCGACGUACGUCUCUUGGGCUGUUGCUUACCUCUUAGGUUUAAUCUGCCUCAUCCGAGCCUGCUACUGGGGAGCCAUCAAAGUCAGCUAUCCAGAGCACAGUUUUGCAUAGAGAAAUUGUUAGGUUAGAGCGGAUGAGCAUCUAGCAGUUCCGGAUACUACAUCUGGGACACUUUUAAAACCUCUCCUGUAAGGAUUCCAUUCUCUUCAAGGUAGUUUUAAGACUGGGGGUCUCUUAAGAACAAAUGUUCAUUGCACUACAUAAUAUGCAAAUAGUUUGUUUUGCUGCUAGAUUCCCUAGCUCUGAAUACUAAAGCUGUGUUUACAUGUUCAUAACUCUUGUCUUUCUAGGUGUUGAACUCUCUUUCAACAGACAGUAUUAAGUUUUACAUUUCCUUCGUUCCGUUGAGAAUCCGUAUGCCAUUUUUUCUAGCUCCGUCGGGGUUCCAAAGCAAGAGUGUUUAUAAGUGUUUCUACAGUAGCUUCACCUUUGUACUUAACAUUUUAACUCAAACUAUAUCCAAGUGGCUUGCUUUAAAACCUAAGCAAUAAGCGUUUUGCUUGAACUGCUUACUGUAUCUUUUGCCUCAGAUCAUAGUGACCUUAUUCAGGAAGUGGAAGCUGCGGGUGGGCUUCGGCAGGCUGACACUGCCGCGAGAGGCAUUUGUAAACACUUGGAUGCUUUGAGGUUUUUCAGGUAGAGAGAUGCUAUUUUGGUAGUCCAAUUGAAUUUCCAUUUAUCCAGGAUUGGAUUUCAGUUGGGAUAAAUGCUUUCUUCUCCAGGAUCCUGGGACCUAGGUGUUUGGUUUGGUUUUUCUUUUUACCUGGCAAAUCCUAAAAGCCAUGCUCGGACGAUGGAACUUAACGCUGGUGACGCCAGUAAGUUCCUUCACAGGGUCUAAGGGAAGCAUUUCAUAUGACUUGUUUCAUAAUACUUCAACGUCAUGUAGGUGGCAAGAUGGUGAUGGGUUGCCUCUUACUUCCCUCUGAUCGUGUCAGGCCUUCCCUGCUGGGGAGAGCUGUGCACCGGUCACUGCAAAGGGAGACACUGUAACUUCACACGAGCUGCUGUAGUGAGAAAGCGAGCAAGCUAGUACUUGGCCCAUUCCAUCCAAGUGUAUCCAGUCAGCUUGGCAUUGACUUGCUGAGAGAAUACGGAAGCAGAAAGCUUUUUCUAAUGAUGUAUUCACAGAGGACUGAGGGACCAGUUCUUGCACUGCCCAUCUUUAUCGUUUUGAACAAGUUACUGCUAAAUUCAGAAGGAAUGUCCUGAGUGAGUUAGACAACUGUAGUAAUUUAGGUAAGGGGGUCAGAUGGGUAAAUUAAUGUGGAUGUUUCAGGGAUACAUGUAAUUUAAAUUAUCUAUGUUCCUGCUAGGACAGAAUGAUACUGAAAUGAGGAUUUUGGAGCACAAUAAAUGUAAAUGAUCCAACUGUAAAUGAUCUGUCUUUGUAUGAUGCUAAAUGUAUAAAAGCAGUAGCUCAGGAUUACAAUGUACCUUUUACAAAUAAACUAAUAAAGAAAUAAAGAUUAU